AUGGCAUCAUCAUCAUCAUCUUUUCGUAUACUGUGCAUCUGGUUAUUAUGUUGUUCAAUUGCAUUCGGAUCUGACCCCAGCCCUCUUCAAGACUUCUGUGUUGCAGAUACAAAAAGUCCAGUUAUGGUGAAUGGCUUUGUUUGCAAGGAUCCAAAACUUGUACAAAAAAAUGAUUUCUUCUUUAGCGGGCUUCACUUGGUUGGCAACACAUCAAAUGCCGUUGGAUCAAGAGUGACUCCUGUAGCUGUUGCCCAAAUCCCAGGGCUUAACACUCUAGGAAUAUCUUUGGCUCGAGUGGACUAUGCACCUUGGGGCAUUAAUCCUCCACAUACUCAUCCUCGAGCCACUGAAAUCUUGACUGUCAUUGAAGGUACACUGCAGGUUGGUUUUGUCACAUCAAACCCUGAGAAUCGAUUGUUCAUGAAAGUGUUGCAGAAGGGGGAUGUGUUUGUAUUUCCAGAAGGUCUCAUCCAUUUUCAGCGCAACGUGGGAUAUGGUAAUGCUGUUGCCAUAGCUGCUCUCAGCAGCCAAAAUCCCGGUGCUAUCACAAUUGCAAAUGCUGUUUUUGGCUCUGAACCAGCUAUCCCUAGUGAUCUUCUUGCAAAGGCCUUCCAAGUUGAUGGGAAGAUAAUUGACCAGAUACAGUCCAAAUUCUAA